AUGUCAAAUAAAAAGUUUAAUUCAAGCAAUUUGAAUUGGAUCAAUACUCAAUAUAAGGUCUUUAUUCGCUGGAUAAAUAACCAAUUUCAACAAACUGAUGAUCCAAUCAUAGUAAAUUUGAUUAAAACAAACCCUAGUCUAAUUUUUGUUAAAAAUUUAUCAAAGGAUUUAUGCAAUGGAGUGAAAUUAAUAUUCUUGUUGAAAACUUUGUAUAUCAAUAAUUUUGCUAUUGAUAAACCAACCCACACACCUUUAAAUCAAAAAUUUAGAAUAAUCCAUCCGAUUCAUUUAAAACCUAUUCAUAAAUUACAUUCUAUUGAGAAUUUAAAUCUUUUUUUUGAUUUUCUAAAAUUCAAUGAUAAAAUUUUCUUGAAUAACAUAUCGGCUGAAGAUAUUCUAGAAGGAAAUUUAAAAUUGAUCCUAGCAUUAAUAUGGAUCCUAAUAUCUAAUUUUACAUUAAAUUUUUCGUCCAGUGAUCUUGACAAAUAUGAAAAUAAUGUCAUCAAAAAUCGCGAUAAUACUACUAUAACUAAUAGUAACAAACUCAAAACAAUAAUAAAUGAAAAAAAAUUCUUAUUGAAAUGGUGUCAAAGAAUUAUAUCUCAUAAUACACUUUAUACUAAAAAGGUCAAUUCAAUAGAUAAUUUUUCAACAAAUUGGAAUAAUGGAUUAAUAUUUUGUGCAAUUCUACAUUAUUUUAGACCAGAAUUAAUCAAUUUUGGUGAUUUGAAUCCUAAGAAUAUAGAAGAAAAUAUCAAUUUAUUUUUAAGUGUAACAACAAAUGUAUUGAAGAUACCCAAGUUGAUUGAUUUAGAUGAUAUAAAUAACAAAAAUCCUGAUGAAAAAUCUAUAAUUAUAUAUAUAGCAUCAUUAUAUCGUUAUUUCAAUAAGAGUAAACUAACCAAUACGUUAAAUAAUAAUUAUAAAUAUAAAGACAAUUUUGAUUCCAGUUUACUAAAAUUAUUUCUUGUCAAAUCAAUUGAGAUUAUUGAAUUGGAAAAAAAAUACGAAGAAAAUGUCAAGAAAUUAAACAAUAACAUUGAUGAUCAAAUCAAAAUCUGGAACUCAACAAAUUUUAGAGAGUAUGAAGAGUUUUUAAAACAGUUUACCAUAAAUCAAAAUAAUAAUAAUAAUAAUAAUAAAUCAAUAGUUUAUAAUAAAUAUGAAAAAUUGAUUGAAAAUUUCAAUGAAAUCAAGAUAUUAAAAGAAGUUGAAUUUGAUAGAAUUUAUCUCAAUGAUAAAAAAAGAGAUUUAGCUAAUUUGUCUUUUCAAUUAUUUUCUAAUAUUGAUGAAAUUCGAUUCAAAUUAAAAGCCUUCCAGUUUAUCAAUAAACAUACUAGUGUUAAUUAUUAUCAAACUCAAAAUAAUUUUCAAAAAUUCCAAAUCAAAAAUAAAUGGCAAUUACUAAUCAAAGAACAAAUUGAUUAUAAUUCAAAAGUAAAAGAAAUAUUAGCCAAAUAUCAAAAUUUAAUCAUCAUUAAUUAUUUAGAGAAUUUAUAUGAUAUGAAUUUGAAGUUUAAAAAAUUGAAUGAUAAUGUCACUGAUAACUUGAAUAAUAUAAAUAAUUUGCAAUUAAUUUUAAACAAAUUCAAAAAUUUUUUAGCGAUAUUGGAUAAAAGUUUAAAACCAUUCAAUGGCAUCUUAAAACAAAUGAAAAAAAAAAUUAUUGAAAAAGCCUAUUAUCCCAAUCUGAAAUUAAACAAAUGCAACGAGAUGAUCAAGUUCAGAUUCAACGAUUUAUAUGAGUAUGAAAAUUUGAAGCACUACAGCAAACUUACAAUCACAUACUUAAACAAAAACAUUACCUUCAUCAAAGAGACCCUGAGUCCCAGCAAAUGCAUCAGUUUGGCUAAUGUGGAAGAUGAUUUCAGCAAAUUCAGCGAAAUCAAUGGAACAACAAAGAAACGUCUAAGUGAUUUGGCAUUAAGACAAAUCCUUGAAGAAGAAUAUGAAAGCACCAACAAACGACUUUUGGAAGCAUCUAAAGGAUACAGCGGAAACCUGUCACCAUCAUCCAAAGCACAAGAUGAAGAAGCAGAAGAAGCACAGUUCGAUUUCGGCCGGUACAUCGACUUUUUCGGCAUUCGAACACGAGCACAUUUGUACACAUGA